AGGAGAAACACCCGGGAAGUAAGACAAGAAAGCAACCCCAGAUCCUCUCUGUAGGGCGUCAUGCUUUCCCUGAAAUAGCAAAGAGCACACGGAUGCUCUUCUUCCUCCUCCCAGCUCUUUGCUACCUUGUGGGGGGAAAUGAGUGGAAGGCCGAAGCCGAGAAGGGCCGCCAGGUUUUUUAGAGGUCAUUCUGAGGAAGCCAGCAACAGCCCCAGUUUUAGUGUCCUGCUCUCGGAGCACGGGAACCCUGACGCCAACGGGUGUCCCUUGAUCACCACGCCGGGGGUACUUUGACUCAUUCAAGACCACGGGGCACAAGGAUUGUGAACCAGAAGCCACCUUUAAAGAAGAAUGAACCUCAGCAGCAGCAAGAUUACUAUUCUACUUGACGGAUUUGCGGAUUAUUCCCCUCUUUACCUAGCUUGUCCGUUCUCUGUGAUUUAUGGUGCUUAGCCCCGCGGUUGAGGACACCCCGACACAGAGUGCGUUGAGCGCAUCCUUGGGUGACAAAUGACUGCACGGUUAACCCAGUCGUGGAAGAUUGUCAUAAGCACGGUGUCUAUAUUGACCCUUCUUCUUAUAGGACUUGGCAAUCACAUGUGGCUUAACGAAACGGAGUUUCCUCAGAAAUCCAGACAAUUUUACGCUCUAAUUGCAGAAUACGGUUCGAGGCUUUAUAAUUACCAGGCCAGACUUCGGACGCCAAAAGAACAACUGGAGCUUUUAAAGAAGGAAAGCCAGACUCUGGAGAACAACUUCCGUGAAAUUCUAUUUUUAAUUGAACAAAUAGAUGUUCUGAAGGCAUUGCUUAGAGAUACGCGGGACGGUCUGCACAAUUACAGCCGGAACAUGGACAGAGAUGAGGACCAGGAGCCCUUGGAGGCCACUGACGAGGAAAUGUCAAACUUGGUAAAUUAUGUCCUUAAAAAGUUGAGAGAGGACCAAGUCCAAAUGGCCGACUAUGCCCUUAAAUCAGCAGGGGCUUCUGUCAUUGAAGCUGGGACCUCGGAAAGUUACAAAAAUAAUAAAGCAAAACUUCACUGGCAUGGGAUCGGUUUCUUAACUUACGAAAUGCCUCCAGAUAUUAUUCUACAGCCGGAUGUCCACCCUGGGAAGUGCUGGGCCUUCCCAGGUUCCCAGGGUCAUGCCCUGAUCAAGCUUGCCAGGAAGAUCACACCAACUGCCAUUACCAUGGAGCACAUCUCGAAGAAGGUGUCUCCCUCAGGAAACAUCUCCAGCGCACCCAAGGAAUUUUCUGUCUAUGGCAUCUCGAAACAAUGUGAGGGAGAAGAAAUAUUCCUAGGUCAGUUCGUAUAUAACAAAAUGGGAAGCACUGUUCAAACAUUCGAGCUCCAGCAUGGCGUUUCUGAAUCCUUAUUAUGUGUGAAACUGAAAAUCCUCAGCAACUGGGGACACCCGAAGUACACGUGUUUAUAUAGAUUCCGGGUCCACGGUACCCCAGGAGAGUACCCCUAGAGAGGAAGCCAUGCAGACGGCCGUGACCACAGGUCCAGAACAUGGGACUAUUCUUCUUCCUUUAGAUCCACCUCACUCAGAGGAAUCCAAACGGGCGUGGGAGGGAAAACUCAAAAGUGGUUCAUACCUGCCGAUAAAAUGUGAAUGCGUUUUACGAGUAAAAGAUAUGAAAAUAAAUGCAA